AUGAAGCUAUUUACUAAAAUAAUAAGAGAAGUUUUAAAGCAAUUUUACAGUAUAUUUCAUGUUGAAUCAACAUUUAUCGAAUUUACUGUUAAUAAUAUAUCUAAUAUCAUUAAAAAAGAUGGGGAAACAGAAUUGUUUAAGAUGGCUUACUUUCUUAUCUUUAUGAUUAUAGUAUUUUGUAUUGUGAUUGGGUUAUUU